CACCAUAGUUGUGACAAAUGUGUCAAGUUCACACAUCCCAGUGAAAAACAAAAUCAGUAGCAGUUUUGCUUUGAAAGAAAAUCCCUUGUGUUUGACUAAUCAAUCAACAUGUAUUCAGGCAAAUCUUUAGUCGCUGUAGCUAUUUUGUUAGCUUUCGGUACUUUCACAGUUUCGGCUCGUGAUUGUCCAAAAGCAUGCACACUUGAAUUUAAUCAAGUUUGUGCCACAAAUGGUAAGGAAUAUCGUUUAUUCGAUAAUCCGUGUAUGAUGGAUGUUUUCAACUGUGAACAUGAGUUCUUAUGGACUCAAACAAAAUCUUUAGCUCCAUGCUUAGAUGACACACGUGCCGUCUCUGCAGAUAUUGAUGACUGUGUUAGACCAUGCACAAUGGAAUAUAAUCCAAUUUGUGCCUUUGAUGGUAAACAUUACCGUUUCUUCAGUAACAUCUGUGAUAUGCAUAACGCUGAAUGUGGAACCGAUAAACAUUUUGUUGAAGCAAGUCUUUUCAACUGUGUGCCACACCCAGCUGCUUUCAAAAACUGUGAAAAGCCAUGCACUAGAGAAUACAAUCCAGUUUGUGGAACUAAUGGUGAAGAAAGCAAAGUAUUCGCAAACCCCUGCAUGUUAAACAAUGAACAUUGCAAUGACAAUAAAAUCUGGCAACAAACACGUAUGGAUGAAUGCAAAACUGAACCAACCCAAAUUGCAUUAAAUACCGAAUGUGAAAAACCAUGCACUUUUGAAUAUAACCCAGUUUGUGGAUUCAAUGGAUUUACUCAUGAAGUUUUCCCAAAUAUGUGUGGUUUAGAAAAUGCUCAUUGUAAAGAUGGAAAGAAAUGGUCCGCAACACCUUUCACAGAAUGUAUUGAAUUUGCAUCUGUAGAUGAAGAAAAGACACACAACUGUGCAAGACCUUGUAAUAAAAUGUACAAACCAGUUUGUGGAACUAACGGACAACAAUAUAAAAUCUUCAAUAAUGAAUGUGAAAUGAAAAAUUUUGACUGUCUCGACAAUCAUGAAUGGAAAGUCGCUGCUAUGGAACUAUGUGAAGGACCAAAAGAAAUAAAAGAAGAUUGUGUGGUAAUAUGCCCACGCAUCUAUGCUCCAGUAUGCGGAUCUGAUGGACAAACUUAUAAAGUUUUUGAUAAUUUGUGCUUGUUAGAAGGAGAACACAAAUGUGACGGUCAUAACUGGAAACAAAUUCCAUUCUCUUUAUGUGAAAAUCCAGUUCCAUUAUCUGUUUCCCCAAAAAAAGAUUGCCCAAUGAUCUGUCCAUUGAAUUAUCUUCCAAUUUGUGCUUUCAAUGGGAAAACUCAACAUACAUUCAGCAAUGAAUGUGAAUUACAGGCCUUCAAUUGCCAAAACAACGAACACUUUGUUGCAACAUUCAUGGGUGAAUGUGCAGUUCCAGUUGCUGAACCAAAGAAAAAUUGCCUCAAAGUCUGCCCAGCAAUCUAUGCUCCAGUAUGUGCUUUCAACGGAAAAACUGAACAAACAUUUAGCAAUGAAUGCCAAUUACAAGCAUUUAAUUGUGAAAAUGAUGAGCACUUUGUUAAAACUUUUGCCGGCCAAUGUGAAACAAAAGCCGUUCCUGUUGCACCGAAAGCUGAUUGCCCAAUGAUUUGCCCAUAUAUUUAUGCACCAGUUUGUGCUAGCAAUGGCAAAACUUUCCAAACUUUUGCUAGUGAAUGUCAAUUGAAAGCCUCAAAUUGUCAAAGAGGUGAACAUUUCAUUGAACAAUUUAAAGGUGAAUGUGGAGAUAUUCAAAUUGAAGAAUUACCUGCUGAUGGAGAAGUUUUUGCUUGCCCUGAUAAUUAUGCUCCAGAGUGCGGAUUUGAUGGUGUUAACUACAAAGUUUUUGCUAAUGAAUGUAUGAUGAAUGGCUACAACCGCUCCCACAAAGCAGCAACUUUCGUACAUGUCGAAUUAAGUUUCUGCGAAAGCUUAUUAAACUUCUAAAGUAACAGAACUUCAGUUAUAUUGUUGUACUUGUUCCGAUUACCAAGGACAAAUGAUUUCGGUUAACAGAUUGAAUUCAACAUUUUAGUUGGAUUUGGUCGAAAUUAAAAUUUUUAAAUUCAAUAAAUCAAAUAUAAAAAGCAUA